AUGUUCUCAUUUCCGCUGUUCAUUCUGCUUCUAACUUCGGGUGUGCUCGGUUCUGUUCCGGGGUCUCCCGCCGUGGAGGAGGCCUACGAGGCGGUGUUGAGCAUCGUGUCUCCGGGACAGCAGCAUCUGACCGGGGAUUCCCUCCGGUCGCUCUUUAAUACGCUGGAGAACCGUGUGCAGUGCGGCGAAGUGUCGUGUGGAAAGUGUGAUCUAGCCAAAGCUGUCGACCAGCUCAUCGGUAAUCACUCCGUCCACGAGGAGGAAGCGGCGGGAAGAGUCGGAGAAAACGUCACCAUCACCGUAUCUCAGUUCACUCCUCUUGCCGCCGGCUCUGUUCUGUACCUGACGGCUCCUGGCCUGGUCUGCACCGCCAUCAGCCAGGGGAGGUGGGGAGAGGAGACCGAAUACUUCUUGCACCAAGUCACAGUUCACGACCACGGACAUCCCCACGACCACAAGGCCGAGUCACGGGCACACACUCACAUGGACGAUCACGGAGUAGAGACGGUGUUUCUGAAGCUUCGCAAGCACUAUGAGGCCACAGGCAACGAGAGCUGUGUCACAGCCAGCGACAUCAUGGCAGAAAUCAAUGCAACAUCACCAGUGCAGGACCAGGAAGUGGGUGCAGUUCUGGGCCGCGUCCUGUAUCACGCCCUGCAGGGUCGAUGCUUCACUGCCGAGUCGCUGCCCGAGGAGAGCUUCUUCCUCGACUACAUCAUGCACAAGCUGGGGUCAGACAACUUCACCGUGGAGGGUUUGGCAGCUUUUAUGAAGACCCUGAACAUCGGACCUGUCACAGAUGAUGAUCAUGGACACGAACACGAACACGCUGAGGAUGAACACAUUCACGAUGAUCACAGCGGUCAAAGACUGAGGAAGAGGAACGGACGUGAACACCGUGAGGGGCACGAGACAGACGCCACCUGGGAACAUCGCUGUUUCUCUGCCGAAGAGCUUGUCCAGAUCUAUGGCCUGCCAGAAAACAGCUCCGCCUCUAGUCUGGGUCCGUCGGACAUGGCUGAGCUCAGUCCUGCUCUGGUGCAGCAGAUCCUGAGUGGAGCCUGUGCAGCAAACACAGAACCAGUUGGACCAGAUAGACUCACCAAAGCUGAGAGAUACCUCUAUGCAACCGUCGCCAACGUAGUGAUAACACUGAUGGCCAUGUUUGGUAUCGUGGUGCUGCUGUGUACGUCCUGUACGCAGGUCUUCCAGAUGUCCAUCCAGUUCUGCAUCAGCAUGGCUGUUGGUUCCCUGACUGGAGACGCCUUACUGCACCUGCUACCCGCGGUUCUGGGUCUACAUGUGCACGUAGCCGGCGAGAGCCAUGCAGAUCAUAGUCAUGAAGGAGGAGUUCCUGACCACAUACAGAAGAUGUUGGUACUGAUUGCUGGGAUUUACUGCUUUUACCUGAUGGAAACAAUUUUCUCUCUGAUCACAUACAAAGGCAGUAAGCACCAUCAUCAUCAGAUUCAUCAUGGGGAAGAUGAGGACCCUCACCACUGUGACCAUGGGAAGGUUUUGGAGAUGUAUCAGCAGAAAAGGAAGGAUAAAGGCAAUGCACAGUCAGUUUCAAAAGCAGAUCUGGUUGACCUUGAAGACAAUGAAAAUUCGUUUCCUGAGCCAAAAAAGCGCAACAGAGAACAACGUCUGCUGCCUUAUAUGAUCACCAUUGGUGAUGGGAUUCACAACUUUGCAGACGGAUUAGCGAUAGGUGCAGCUUUCUCUCUGUCGUGGAAGUCUGGUCUGGCCACGUCAUUGGCUGUGUUCUGCCAUGAGCUUCCUCAUGAACUCGGCGAUUUUGCCAUUUUGCUCCACUGUGGUGUGUCGGUUCGCAAGGCGUUGCUUUUAAAUGUCGGCAGCGCCAUGACCUCGUUCGUCGGCCUGUACAUCGGUCUGUCUGUAGCCACCGACAUCGCAACCCAACAGUGGAUAUCAGCCUUGGCUGCAGGACUCUUCCUGUAUGUGGGCCUGGCUGAUAUGCUGCCCACCAUGAUCCACAUCAACAACAACAAACCCUGGCUGAUGCUUCUGCUGCAGAAUGCCGGCCUUCUGACCGGGUGGAUUGUUCUGCUGCUGUUGUCACUUUAUGAAGACAACAUUGCCUUUUAAUACACGGACUGUCAAGACUGGGUUCAUCUUCUGGGAUUAAGAUUGUAAAAACCUUUGGACACUGUUCACUGUAACAUGACUGGAGGUUUAUGGGCAUAAAUGAGCUCAGAGGGACAGAGUGAAAAGCUGAUGUCAGCUGAUGUCAGCCAGAUGCUGCUAGUUACCACCAACAUAAGGUUAAAGAACCUGUCAGAUGUGGGACUUUUUCUUGGGAAGUGAUUAAAUUUGCUGAGCUAUGCAAGUGCCCUGAAUUUCUACAGAUGUGGUUACUUGACUGUGUUUAACCAGUGUACAGUUCAUCUCUCUGUGGUGGACAAAAACACCAGAAACGUGCAAUCGACUACAAUUAAACCAGCACUAACAGCCUUCUGAUUUAAACAGUGUUUCUAUUUGAUUUGGGGUCCAAUAAGGUUGCUGCCAUGAACUACAUCAGAUGUAGCUGAGAAUAUCCAGUAUUUUCAAUUCUUUUUAUCACUGCUGAAAUUUGUCUCUUUGACCAUCUUUUCUCUGACACAAUUUGUAGCCGAUGACACAUCAUGUCAUUCACUUUAAACAUAGCCGUGUAAGUUGCAUAACAGCAGUAGUCAUAGUGAGAUUAGAAGGGUGUUGUUAAAGUUCACAGUGAUCCAGAACUGAUGAUAAAACUGUUCAGGUUUGUUCAGUUCAGCUUUUCUUCUUCUCUUAUUUUUUUUUCUUGAACUGCACUGAUAAAUGUGUAUCGAUAAAAAUAACACUAAAUGUCAGAAUCAAUUUUACGUUUGUAAGUUGCCCUUGUAUUGUACAGAGUUGAUUUUUUUUGUGCAUUUUAUGAAAAAUAUCUCUUGUCCAGUCGGGCAUAAACAAGAAUGUCAAAUUUGCUAAAUAACAAAAAUAUACUAACCCACUUUAAGACUUAUUGUGAUAGAAGUUACUGUAAUAUAUCAGUAAAUGUCUCCUGGUAUAAGCACUGUGGUUUAUGUUCUAUAUUUUUGUGAUCUUCAAAUAAUUAAAAAGUAUCUUGAAGCUCAGUAUCUUCUUAAUGUUUGUUUUCUAACUAAACAGCUAAUAGACUAUUUCACAGUUCCUGCAGUGGUUUGGAACAUCUCUGUUUCGUCAUGGAUGAACAUGAAUGCGAAUUUUGCAAGUUGUGCAAAUAAAAACUGAUUUAUAAAAUG